AAUGGAGUUAUGAACUAGUAGCAAGUUAGCCGUCAAAGGACGUCCAGUUUGGGUUUGUGUGAAAUUACACGAUUGGUAGCUUUCGAACUGCUCGAAGGGACGUGAUGCGGUCACAUCGGACGUAGUUUAUGCUUUGUAGCGGGUCUGAAGAAGCUGUCGAGCGGGUAAACAACCCGGUAGCUCGGCUACGACAAAGACAACAAGGCUUAGUGUGGCUAGCUAGCUAGCUAGCUGAAACAGUAGCAGCUACUUGGUUUCACUGUCACGGUGGUUCGCGAGUUCACAAGCGAAGACAAACGUGACUCGGGACAGACAUGGAGAAGGGAGAAUUCCUGAAGGGACUGCCCGUCUACAACAAGAACAACUUCAGCAGGUUCCAUGCAGACUCUGUGUGUAAAGCAUCAAACCGUCGGCCGUCUGUAUAUCUUCCAACCCGGGAGUAUCCGUCUGAGCAGAUCAUCGUCACAGAGAAGACAAACAUCCUGCUGCGGUAUCUACACCAACAGUGGGAUAAAAAGAAUGCAGCAAAAAAGCGGGAACAGGAUCAAGCAGAGGGGGAGAACACAGCACCGCCACGAAAAAUUGCCAGAACAGACAGUCGGGAGCUGAUUGAGGAUUCCUAAACUUCUGUGCUGUCUGUGCUCAACCAGUAAAGACUGACUAGCAGAACACACACCGAUGCAGAGUAUGUGUUUGCAGGCCUCGGCGCUGAAGCACACCACAGUGGAUACGUGUCAGACCACCGCUGUCACACGGGUCUUAAUGUUUGACUUCAGAUUUCCUUCUUAACCAAAAACUUUUCCCCCGGUUAAUUUCCUGCACUCACACAGGACUUCCUGUACUUCCAAGAAGGCACCACCUCUGCCUCGAGUUUUAGUCUUUGUAGUGUUGAAAUACCAUACAUCUACCUCCUUAUUCCUCAAUCUGUCUGUUUUCCACUCGCUUCUACUCACAGUUUUCCUUUCAGAACGCCAGGGGUCAUGUUGUCGUUCCUCUGCCACCAUCUAAGAGUUUACAGUCGCAGUUCUUCAUACCGUCUCUGACAUAUGCAUGUUUUGUAGCAUGUGGUUUUCUGUGGCUCCUACUCCAUCAGGAAUCUUUUGUUUAGAAUUUAAUAAUGACAGUGGUCGUGUAAAAGGUUAUUUUAGCUUGUCGUCAGUGUGAUUACUGUCGUUAAACUGCGUAGUGUUAGUGAGUUAGACUGAGUAACUGAUUCAGGGUUUUGAUUACGGACUGUAUGGAGCGCUCCGAGAGAUGUGGUCGUUUUCUCCUGAUCAAUAAUAAUUUAUUGCCUUCAGCGGAAGUGAGUGUGUUUCCACGAUGUCUUAGAGCGCUGCCCCUCGGUUUACAUUGUUGUUUCAGGAAGAUGAACCUCUGUCGUGUUGGGUAGAUGUUAGCAUAGCGGCACAUUCACGCCAAUUCUAGAGGAUGCAAAUAGUUUUUGUAACCUGCAGACUUUGUAGCCAUGAUGCUCACUACUUUGAGAUCACCACUUCUUAAGCAGUGCUGGAUUCUUCGUAACAGCAAGGCUCAGUAUAUUAUGGGAUAGGUGACGGAGGAACGUGUGUGGACAUUUACAUUUCAGCUGUGCUAAUGUGUGGGCUACCUGUAAGGACAGCUGCCAGUCCUUGCUAUAAAUGUGCCAUUCACAUUCAUAUUGAGAUGACGUGUUUGGAACAGGAAGCGUUCAGCAGCAGGGCUGAGUUCACUGGGUGUAUGUGCUGCAUGUAGAGCUCAUCAUAACACUCCACAGAUCCUGUAUAUUUGUACAGUGUGUACAUAGAUUGUGACUGCCUUGACCUUUUUAUCAGGUAACAAGACAAGGACUAGCUCUGAUUCUGUCUUCCCCUCGUUAGCCAUUUAUUGCCAUUUCACUUUGUUUGUCCGACUUUUCUUUGCAGAGACACCAGCCAGAGUUUGGUGAAAACACACAAAAGCAUUUCACUGCAUUUGCUGAGGCUUGAGUUUUGCACCUUCAGAGAGAAUAUUUUUUUUGCAAAGAGCAACCUGCUGCGAUGUAUUUGGCACAUUUGAAAGUUGAGUCAGUUAAUGUACAUUUGUCAGGGACGCCUGUUUAAACAGUUUGUAUUCAGUAAAUGUUCACUUUAGCUGCUUAUGCAACUCAGUACACAUCAAACACUCAUGAUAGGCUUCUGUGGUCUGAAGCAGACAUGCAGUGUUUAUUUUCCUGGCUCUUGAUAGAAGAGCGUGUUCAUUUUGUCAUAUGGUUUAUAUUCUAUCACCUGAUUAUGUUUGGAAUGUGUUCACUUUGCUUUGAAUUCAUUGUAUAAUGUAUUGUUGUCAAUCUGAAGUCCUGUUCUUGUAUAGAUUGCUCUAUGAUGUACAGUAAAAGCUGUAACUCAACGCAAACAGAAGCUUUUCUUUGGAUGAACUGAGUCGAUGCCAUAAACCGAUAUAACUUUC